GCGGCGGCGGCGGGCAGUGCGUGAGGCACCCGCGGCCCUCCCGGCCCAGGGCGGGCGGCGGGCCCGGGGCGCGCUGAGCCGAGCCGGCAUGUGCGAGACCUACUCGUGGUGGCUGCUGCGGGUGUCGGUGGCGCAGAUCUGCCAGGCGCUGGGGUGGGAUUCGGUGCAAGUUUCGGCCUGCGACCUGCUCACCGACGUGCUGCAGCGGUACCUGCAGGGGCUGGGCCGGGGCUGCCACCGCUACUGCGAGCUCUAUGGCCGCACUGAUCCAAUUUUGGAUGAUGUAAGUAAUGCCUUCAAGCUUAUGGGGGUUAACCUGCAUGAGCUGGAAGAUUACAUCCACAAUAUCGAGCCUGUCACUUUUGCACAUCAAAUCCCCUCGUUCCCCGUCAGCAAGAACAAUGUCCUGCAGUUUCCCCAGCCGGGAAGUAAGGAUGCAGAAGAAAGGAAGGAGUACAUCCCCGAUUACCUGCCACCCAUUGUCUCCUCUCAAGAAGAAGAGGAAGAGGAACAAGUGCCCACCGAUGGAGGUACAUCUGCAGAGGCCAUGCAGGUGCCACUGGAAGAAGAGGGAGACAUGGAAGAGGAUGAAGCAAUUAAUGAUGAGAACUACUUGAGCAGAAGACCAUUGGACAGUCCUGAUGCUGAGGAGUUUCCACCUGUGAAACGGCCAAAACUCUCAGUUUCCAAAGGGGACACCUUGGACGGGGCUUUGGAACCACGUGAACCUCUUAGCUCAAUAAACACUCAGAAAGUACCACCAAUGCUUUCUCCUGUUCAUGUUCAGGACAGUACAGACUUAGCCCCUCCUUCACCAGAACCACCAAUGUUGGCUCCCAUUGCAAAAUCGCAAGUGCCAACCCCCAAAACUUUGGAGGCAAAGCCAUUUGUACCCAAAACUAAGUCCAAAACAAGUUCUCCAGGACAGAAGACGAAAUCACCUAAAACUACACCUUCCCCAGUGGUAACCGGAAGUCCCAUACGUUCACCAAAAACUGGAUCCAAAGAGAAGAAGUCACCGGGUCGCGCCAAGAGCCCAAAAAGUCCUAAAAGUCCAAAGGUUCCUGCUCAUGUUCCUCAACCACCGGUCAAGCCUGAAACACCAAGUAGAACCCCUCUGGCUGCAUUAAGUGACAAGGUAGGAAAGGAAAACAUUCAAGUAAAACAAGGGCAGACGCCACCUGAGCCUACCACCAAGCCAAAUAUUGAAAACCAGACUAAGAAAGUACCAGUGAUGGACAAAACCAUCGAUGAUUCAAUCGAUGCUGUCAUUGCUCGUGCAUGUGCGGAACGAGAACCGGAUCCCUUUGAGUUUUCCUCUGGUUCUGAAUCAGAAGGGGAGAUUUUCACCAGUCCGAAAAGGCUUUCUAUAUCGGAGACUACAACUCCUAAACCUUCUGUUUCUGCCAAUAACACAAAUAAGGCAGGAGCGACUCCGAUACCUCCCUCAGGUGGAACUUCAAGUUCAGACAUUUCAUGGACAAUGGAUGACUCAAUUGAUGAGGUCAUUCGAAAGGCAAACAUGGGGACACCUUCUAAUCCACCUACCAACUUCACUUACUUCUCCUCUCCUUCCACUUCGCCGCCAACUCCAGAACCUCUUCUCAAAGUCUAUGAGGAGAGAGCCAAGUUGGCUGCAUCAGUAGAAGUGAAAAAGAAGUUGAAAAAAGAGCUGAAGACAAAGAUGAGGAAGAAAGAAAAACAGAAGGAAAAAGAUAAAGAGAAAAGCAAGGAGAAGAAUAAGGAGAAGGAAAAGAACAAGGAGAAGGAGAAAGACAAGGAAGGAAACAAGGAAGCAAAGUUUCAGUGGAAGGAACUACUCAAAGAAGAUGAUCUUGAUCCCUAUAAAUUCAAACUAAAGGACUUUGAGGAUGCUGACACAAAAGUAAAGUUGAAAGAUGGCAAUACCAAAAAAGACCGAGAAAAACAUAAAGAUAAAAAGAAAGAGAAAGAGAAAGGCAAAAAAGACAAGGAUAAGAAAGACAAAGAGAAACUUAAAGAUAAGAGUAAGGAAGAUAAGAUAAAGGCUCCAUCAGCACCUCUUGUGUUACCUCCCAAAGAAAUGCCUUUGCCCUUGUUCAGCACACCAACUGCCAUGAGGCUCCCCAGCAUGUUACCUUCCUUGUCUCCAAUGCUUCCUGAAAAACUGUUUGAGGACAAAGAGAAACCAAAAGAGAAGAAGAAAGACAAAAAAGAGAAGAAGAAAAAGAAAGAAAGGGAGAAGGACAAAGAAAAGGAAAAGAAGGAGAAGGAAAAGGAGAGGAAAGAAAGGGAGAAGAAAGAGAAAGAAAAAGAGAAACACAAACAUGAGAAGAUAAAGGUGGAACCAGUUGUUCCAGCUCCAUCACCAGUUAUUCCUCGGCUGACAUUAAGAGUGGGUGCAGGCCAAGACAAGAUAGUCAUCAGCAAAGUGGUGCCAGCUCCAGAGGCCAAACCUGCUACGCCUGUGAGCCGACCCAAAACUCCUCCACCCGUUCCAUCACCGGUACCGGCUCCCGUUCAUGUCACCCCUCCUCCAGCUCCAGCUCCUCCUCCUCCACAAGCCACUGUCUCACCAGUCCUGAUCCCACCGCCCUCUCCAGCCGUUUCGGCGGCAGGAGGCUCCAAAGCUCCGGUUAGGAGCGUGGUGACCGAGACCGUCAGUACUUACGUGAUCCGAGACGAGUGGGGUAACCAGAUCUGGAUCUGUCCUGGCUGUAACAAGCCAGAUGAUGGCAGUCCAAUGAUAGGUUGUGAUGACUGCGACGAUUGGUAUCACUGGCCUUGCGUUGGGAUUACGGCUGCACCCCCAGAAGAGAUGCAGUGGUUCUGCUCCAAGUGUGCCAACAAAAAGAAGGAUAAGAAACACAAGAAGAGGAAGCACAGGGCACACUGAGGACUCUGCAGUGGACCAAUAUCGCGUGGUUGCCGCGGCACCUUCUGCCCUGACUCGG